AUGGGACACGGAAGACAAAGGAGCAAACCGGAAUACCGGUGGAUUGCUGUAAGCUUGUUUUUGCUGUUGUAUUUUGCUACGCACGUUUCGGCUCAGAUAAGGUACUCUAUUCCAGAGGAAGUUAAUGAGGGAUCCGUUGUGGGUAAUAUUGCUAAAGAUUUGGGUCUUGAUCUCAAGACGUUGGUGCAGAGGCGGUUUCGUAUCGUUUCUGGAUCUAACCACGCUCUUUUCCAGGUAAAUCAGAACGAUGGCAACUUGUAUGUGAAUAAGAAAAUCGAUAGAGAGGACCUUUGUGAUGGGAACAGUGCUUGCACAAUGAACCUGAAAACUGUUGUGGAAGAUCCACUAGAAAUACAUUAUGUUGGCGUAGACAUUACGGACGUAAACGACCACUCUCCCAGUUUUUCCGUUAAAGAACAAAGAGUAGAAAUUGCAGAGAGCACUCUCCCAGGUGCGCGUUUUCAGCUGCAGGCGUCGAGCGAUCCAGACACUGGUGUGAAUUCAGUACGUUCUUAUAAAUUAAGCCACGGGGAACAUUUCGAUUUGGAAAUAAGAGACCGAGGUGAUGAGAAAAUGCCGUAUUUAAUUCUACAGAAACCGUUGGACAGAGAGCGCAAACACGAACACAGACUGUUGCUAACAGCAAUCGACGGAGGCAGUCCACCCAAAUCUGGUUCUCUGAAUGUCACUGUAACUGUUCUUGACAUCAAUGAUAAUCGUCCGAUGUGUAGUCAGGACAUUUAUACGGUAAAUUUAGAAGAGAAUGUUGAAAUGGGUACUGUUGUGGUACAAGUAAACGCUACCGAUUUAGAUGACGAUUUAAACGGAGAGGUCGUCUACAUUCUUGGUAGUAACUUAAAUCAUAAAGUAUAUGAAGUGUUCAGUUUAGAUAGCAUUACUGGAGAAAUAACGGUUAAAGGUGAGAUAGAUUUUGAAGACACUGAAGUUUACAGGCUGGACAUAUUGGCUUCUGAUAAGGGGACACCUCCAAUGACUGUGGAUUGCAGAGUUGUUGUGAAAAUUGUGGAUGUCAAUGACAAUAAGCCUGAAAUAGACGUAACAUCGCUCUCUAAAUUUGUUUCUGAAGACUCACACCCAGGGACCCUCGUUUCUCUCAUAAGUGUCACAGACAAGGAUUCUGGCGUGAAUGGUAAAGUUAUCUGCAGUAUGUCCUUAAACAUACCAUUCGAACUUAAAUCAUCAGUACAAGCCAAUAUAUAUUCUUUAGUAACCAAAGCGCAUUUAGACAGAGAAUUAGUACCUCACUAUAACAUCACAAUAACAGCAACUGACUUGGGUCAGCCUCCCCUGUCCACAUUUAAAACACUGAGUGUACAGGUUUCAGAUAUUAAUGAUAACAGCCCAGAGUUUACACAGAGUCCUUUUGAACUUUACUUGGUAGAAAAUAACCCACCAGGGGCUUCUAUAUUCUCAAUAAGCGCGUCUGACAAAGAUUUAAAUGAAAAUGCUUUGGUCUCAUAUCACAUUGUUAGAGGCGACGGGGCACCAAAUGAUGUAACAUCUUUCCUCAACAUCAAUUCCGAGAACGGAAAUAUUUAUGCGCUGAAAAGCUUUGACUUCGAAACCACUAAGAAUUUUCACUUUCAAGUGGUUGCUACUGACUCUGGUACUCCAUCGUUUAGUAGCAAUACAACUGUAAAAGUGUUCAUUUUGGAUGAGAAUGACAAUGCUCCAGUCAUCUUGUCUCCAAUCAGCUCUAAUGGUUCUGCCGAAGCAGUAAAGGAGAUUCCCCGCAAUGUGAACGCAGGCCAUUUGGUGACCAAAGUCAGAGCAUAUGACGCUGAUAUAGGAUACAACGGCUGGUUGUUAUUUUCACUGCAGGAGGUUACUGACCACAGUCUCUUUGGUUUGGACCGUUACACAGGGCAGAUAAGAAACCUUCGCUCAUUCACAGAAACAGAUGAGGCACAACAUAAACUGGUCAUAGUGGUCAAAGACAAUGGAAACGUUUCACUUUCAGCAACGGCAACUGUUAUUAUCAAAGCUGUCGAGCCCAAAGAAGCUUUUGCGGCUUCUGAUGCUAAAAGCACAGUAAAAGAAGAUGAGGAGAACAAUGUCAUAUUUUAUUUGAUCAUCACCUUGGGCUCAGUCUCAGCACUAUUUGUCAUCAGUAUCAUUGUGUUGAUUGUAAUGCAGUGCUCCAAAUCCACAAACUAUUCAUCUGAGAUUCUACAAGAUACCAAUUACGACGGGACACUGUGUCACAGCAUCCAGUACAGAUCUGGAGACAAACGGUACAUGUUAGUUGGGCCCAGAAUGAGUAUCCAUUCUACUAUAGUCCCGGGAAGUAAUGGAAAUACUCUGGUGGUUCCAGAUCGCAGGAGAAGAGGAUCUGUAGAGUCCUAA